AUGACCAAGACAGUGGGCCUCAUUGGCGGGUUCUCCUGGCAGUCCACCGCCGUCUACUACAAAGAGAUCAAUGAGCAUGUAAAUGCAAGGCGGGGCGGCAUCCAUUCCGCCAAUCUCCUGAUCAGAUCCAUCGACUAUGCAGAGCUUGCCGCAAUGGUCGAUCGCAAGGACUACGAUGGUAUGACCAAGAUGCUCUGCCAGUACGGACAGGAGUUAAAGAGCGCGAAUGCACAAGCCCUUGUUCUAUGCGCCAACGUUGCGCAUAAAGCUGCUCAAUCUCUGGAGCAGUCGUCCAGCCUACCUGUUCUACACAUUGUGGAUUUCACGGCACAAAAGAUCAACGCGUGUGGAUUCAAGAAGGUCGGGCUAUUGGCAACCCGAGCAGUGAUGGAGGAGGACUUUUACAAGGCUCGGCUUCAAGAGUUCGGCUUAGAGAUCGCCGUCCCGGGCGAAGAAUUUAGAUCUACGGCUGACAACGACAUCUUUGUGGAAAUGAGUAAAGAGAUCAUCCCUGACGAUGUCAAGUCUCGAUGGCACAAGGCCUACAAACUGCUCGUGCAAGAACAAGGAGUUGACUGCGUGAUUUUGGCGUGCACGGAGCUGCGACUUGUCUUCACUCCCACAGAUCUGUCAAACCCAACCUUCGAGACCACGACGAUACACGCUGAAGGGAUUGCGGAAUGGGCGUUGGCUUAG